UUUCUUUAUAUAACAUCCCUAGGAACUCAUGCUGUUUUUUCCCUAACAAUUAUUCCGGAAUGUGGUAACAAGACAAGUUAGAGGGGGUCAGAAUAAUAAACGUUAGGCGUGUCGGCGUCUGUUUUUAGUACUUUAACAGAAUCCUGUACUAAAUAAGUAGCUUUAUUAUAAUAAUUUUUAAUGGAACUAAUAUCAUAUGUAAAAGAAAUGUAUUCUUUGUUUUAAAAUGUCAAAGCAGCAAAAAAUUUCAAGCUUGAAAAAUGCUUCGUUGUUCAUAUCAUACCAUUUUAUAAUUCGAUAAAAUUUCAAUUUUACGUUUGAUACAUUUACGUAAGUACAUGUGCUUGGUGUUCGGUCACGAGUGGAAGAGGGUAUGCUCUUAUGGGGUAACAGCAGGGCGGUAGCCUUUGCCGGGGAAUGGAGACGGAGAGCGUAAAAUCGGGGGCUAGCGAGCAUAGCCAUAGCCAUCAUAGCAGAACUUCUCAAAAACAUCAUCGUACUCAUAGUUCUAAAUCUCAUCACAGGCAACAUUCACAUAGAAGUACCAGGACAAGUCGUAGUCAAAAGAAAGAAAGACACAAUUUAGAUUCCACAGAAAUGGCACCUUUUCAAACAACUGUUAAUGUAAGAGGAGAUAGUGUUGAUAAUUUGGGUCAAGAAGUUAUAGAAGUACAAAUUUUACCUCAAGAUGAAAACUGGGGUGAAAAUACUACAGCUGUCACUGGAAAUACUUCUGAUAGAUCAGAAUCAACUGAAGAUGUGAGCCAUUGGCCAAAUGAGAAUGAUGGAUCAUUUAGUUCCUGUAAUCGAUUUAUGGGGCCGGUUAUAGCAAUGAUGCUUGGAUUAAGUGCUUUUCUUAGUCCUAUAACAAUGGUUAUAUUGCCUAAGUUAGGAUUUUUUCCUGAUUCUACAACUGUUUUAACUAUGCAACAAAAGCUUCAAUUAUUAUCUUGUAAUGCUGAAUGUAAAGGCCAAUUACUAGGUUUAGCCUUUAAAUUGGUGCUAUUAGGUAUUGGGAGUUGGGCUGUGUUUUUACGCUCAAAAAAUGCUACUAUGCCACGCAUAUUCUUAUUCCGAGCGGGAGUGUUGCUUCUUACUACAUUAUGCAUUUGUACUUACUGGUUAUUUUAUGUUGUUCAGGUUACUGAGAGUGCUAAGACUGCUGCUAAUGGUGAAAUAACAGAAUAUAAAAAUUUAGUAAAUUAUGCAGGUACUCUUGCAGAUACUCUACUAUUCAUACAUUAUAUUGCUAUAUUGCUAAUUGAAAUUCGCCAUCAACAGCCUAUCUUUUAUCUUAAAAUUGUAAGAUCACCAGAUGGUGAAUCCCGAUCUUAUGCAAUAGGACAAUUGUCAAUACAGCGAGCAGCAGUAUGGGUAUUAGAAAGAUAUUAUACAGAAUUUCCUAUUUAUAAUCCAUAUCUAGAAAGACUCCCAGUAUCAAAAUCUGGUAGAAAACAGUCAAGCUUCAAGUUUUAUGAGGUUGAUGGUGGAGUAACUGGCAGUGUUCAGUCACGAGGAGGUAGUGGUGAUAGAGCAGUCAUAACAACUCAAACUCGUCGUAGAGAUUCCAGUCACAAUGAACGUUUUUAUGAGGAACAUGAUUAUGAACGUAGAGUACGAAAACGUAGAGCAAGAUUAAUCACUGCCGCUGAAGAAGCAUUUGCACAUAUAAAACGUUUGCAUUCAGAAGUUGAGUCUACUCCAAAUCCUGGUCCUAUGGAUCCCAUGGAAGCUGCACAAGCAGUAUUUCCAUCUAUGGCAAGAGCUUUGCAGAAAUAUUUAAGAGUUACGCGGCAACAACCGCGUCAUUCUGUUGAGUCUAUUUUAAAUCGACUUGCACGAUGUUUGGCUCAAGAUGCAGCACCGCGCGCAUUUCUAGAACCCUUUUUCGUAACCAGCCCUGUUCUUUCAAACGAAAAAGAACGACAGAAAAGAUCGCAUCAUUGGGCUUUAGUCUGUGAAGGAGAAUUACCUUCACGACCUCUCGCAAAUGGUUGCGAGUUUCAGUUACGACAAGGUGAAGUAGCUCUGUUAUGUACAGUAUAUCAUUUACCUCAUUUUCAUCUUACAGAACAGCUCGCACAUCCUAAAUCUAAUAAAUUCUUACUAAGAUUAAAUUCCGAAACGUCGGUUUAGUAACAUUAUAAAACCAAUAGCUUUUUUCGUUUUAAGAUAAUUUACAUUGAAAUGCUGAUAUUUGUAAUGGAAACAAAACUUAUUAACCGUUUGAGUCCCAAGCAGCGCGAUAUUUAGAUUUUGUGUUGAAAAGUCCCAGUACAUUUGAAUGCUACAGACGACUGACGGUAUUUUGUAUUUCAUUGUUAUCUUCUCAGUAAUUUUUAUUGAACAAAACUUGAAAUAUUUAUAAACUAAUAAUACGCAUAUAUAAUAUAAAUGUAUUUCAUAAAAAUAAGAAACAUAACGGGCGAAACAUAACGGGCACUAAUGCGCCGCUUGUUUCUCUUCGUAAUCGAUUAAGACAGGCGCUAUCACACUGUUCGGGAUUUUUCGAUCCUGUUUUUUCAGAGACCUCUGGGACUCAAACAGAUAAAAUUGCGAAAUUUUUUACUGUAUAUAAGUGAAGAAAAUUACAAUAAUACAUAUUUAAGUACUGGAAAUUAAAUACAAUUAUAGAAAAAAAUUGAUAUUGAAUCAUGCAAGAAGAUAGUACACUUAAAGAUAGCUUUUUUAAGGGAAUGAAGUUUUGGAAAUGAUAAAAUAGUUUUUUAUGCAGAAUCACAGAAAGUGUUCAUCUCAAUAACGUUUACAUAUCUUCUUUAGUGCAGAUAAUAGCAAAAUAAAAGGACAAUAUAACUUUUCCAUUUAUAAUUGUAGAUAAGAGAAAUUCAUAUUUUUAUGAUGUGAACACAUCUAUAUUUAUUUAUUUCAUUAUUUUACAUAUUAUUACUUAUAUAUUAGUAAAAUAAACUUACUAUAUUUUUGGGUAGUUUUAUAUCAGUAAUUAAAACCUCUUAAUUAUUUUUCAGUAAGUAUAUAUGUAAUUGGAAAACUAAAUCUUGAAUAUAUAUCCCCCUGAGUAAAUUUUCUUUCUUAAGGAACUUUACAGAAUUACUUUAAUGUAAAAGUAUUAUAAAAUGUAUUAUAAUUAAUACAUUAUUUAUUGCAUAUUUAACAUUCAUAAAUUUUCGUUAUAUGAAAAUUUUUAUUUAUUGAAAUUUAUUACAACAACUUUUGCAAUAGAUAAGAGAAGUGUUUAAAAUGAGACACUCUGGGGAAAAAGAAAUACAUUCCUGCACGCAAUAUAUUUGUAUAAUGUGCUGUUCAGUUCAUACAAAUACAUUUAUAAUAUGUAAGGU